AUGAAGCCUUUUUGUGCACCUAUAAAUGCGACAGCAGCCUCUUUAAUCACCUACAGAUCAAGAAAACCAUCAAGAAUGAAUCAUGGCGGCGGUGGUGCUAAAGACCAUGGUAAGGAGGGUGGUGGUGUUGGAGGAGACGAGGUCAGGUACAGGGGUGUCAGGCGUCGUCCAUGGGGGAAGUAUGCGGCGGAGAUCCGCGAUCCUACCAAGCAAGGUGUUAGGGUUUGGCUGGGGACUUUUGCCACGACGGAGGAGGCUGCCAGAGCUUAUGAUCGAGCAGCUUUCGAUAUGAGAGGUCACAUGGCAGUUCUGAACUUCCCGGCGGAAUUCCCUCCGACAUUUUCUGUUGCUGCUUACAAUGCUUCCACCAGGGCUACCACCUCUUCGUCAUCCAUGGCUACCCUCACUAUUAAACCUUUCCCCAUCGAUUAUUUUUGGAUGAUCAGCGAGGGUUUUCUGAACACGAUAGCGUCAAUACCCUGUAGGAUGCUAGGGCUUUAUUGGGUGGGAGAUUGA